AUGAAUGCAGAUCAGCCAACUACUGAGCAACCCCAAAAUCCCCAUCAGAGGCGCCGAGAGCAAGUUCGUCGUGCCCAGAAAACACAUCGCGAGCGCAAAGAGUCAUACAUAAAGUCACUCGAAACCGAGGUCAUACAGCUGCGCGCCAACGAGACGCAGUCAUACCACAAGAUAAAGGCCCUGUAUGCUGAAGUCAAUGCAAUGAAGAAUUUACUUGUGGAGAACGGCAUUCGCAUCCCGUCUGCGCUGCCGUCACCGUUAGUACCACAGAUCUACAGUCCAGACGACGUGGAAGUGGCGCCAGCACUUGAGUUCUUCGAAUUCAACAUCCCAGGUAAAUCACCCAAACAGCAGGGUGAACGCAUAAGCGUCAAGACAUCAGCUCGACAAGGCGGCAACAGAGAGGCAGCGAGGACCCACAACGCUGCGCCUACGACGUUCGACCUAUUCACCCCUCCUACUGAGACUGAUUUCAGUCAGCAAGACCCCACAGCCAUCGGGAUAGAAUUUAUCCUCAGUCUAGAGGCCCCGUGUCUAGGACAUAUACCAGGGACGCUAGAUAACGAGGAACCAUCCGGUCACGCGCUUCUGACCAGUGCAACCCUGCUCCACCACCAGCAGUCCUAUCCCGUCGGGCAUGGCCACCUCGCAAACCCCACCUGGACGGUCCCCAAAUUGGGCGUUGAGCGUCUCCUCGAACUGUCGACGAGCAUCCCGCUUGACGGCGAGGUCACACCCGUGCAAGCAUGGGACUAUAUACGACAGCAUCCGCAGUAUCAUAGCCUUGAUUGUGCUAGAUUGGAGUCACUGAAGGCGACGUUGUUGUUGCAUGUUAAGUGCUAUGGAUUCGGGGCCGUUAUUGCUCAGGAUGUGUUUGAGAAUGCGGUCUUUGACAUGUUCAUCGAAGGCGGCUUCUUCUGA